AUGGACCGAGAGACCAGAGACCAGUACGUGCUGGUCAUCCAGGCCAAAGACAUGGUGGGCCAAAUGGGGGGUCUCUCCGGCACCACUUCUGUCACGGUCACGCUUACUGAUGUCAACGACAACCCGCCGCGGUUCACUCACACGCGCACGGGGUCGCAGGUCAGAAUCGAUACGCCAUUAUGGAGCAUCGGAGCGGAUAGAAUCCAGGGGCAACGGCUGGUCAAGUGGAGGGGAAGAAGCCAAGAGAGCUACCAGUACACUGUGCUGGAGUCACUGCCCGUGAGGUCUGUGGUAGCCAGAAUCAAAGCAGCAGACGCCGACGUAGGCUCCAACGCAGAGAUGGACUACAGGAUCAUGGACGGGGACGGGCCUGGCACGUUCAACAUCACAACAGAUGAGGAGACACAGGACGGGGUCAUUAUCCUGCAAAAGCCCUUGGACUUUGAGACAAAAAGUGGCUUUGCUCUGAGAAUAGAAGCCACAAACAGGAACAUUGACUCCAACUUUUUGAGCUUGGGACCGUUUAGCGACACUACGUCAGUAAAAGUGACGGUUCAGGACGUGAAUGAGCCACCCCUCUUUUCUUCAACGCUCAACAAGAUGGUCGUUUCAGAGGACGCUAAAGUGGGAACCUCAAUCGGGAGAGUCUCUGCCCACGACCCAGAUACAUCCAGCAGUGCAAUCAGGUAUUCCAUUGACAGGAACACUGACUUGGAGCGUUUCUUUAAUGUGGAUGCCCUCAGUGGGAUCAUCAGCACGGCCAAACCUCUGGACCGGGAGGCCAACUCGGUCCAUAACCUCACCAUCCUCGCUAUUGAGAGCCGUAAGUUUAACAGCAAACACUCUCAGAAAUGUUAG